GGGUCCAGAUUUAUUCCCUGACUCUCCCCUCACAGCCUCACCCCUCUCUCUUCUUCUCAGACUUUCAAAAUACGUUAGACGAUCCGGAUUGCGGACUGACACCCAAAAAGUUCUCGAAUCCGAUACCCACGAGAGAGGGGAGGUCACAAUCACGUAAAAGCCAGGUCACCGAAUCGACAAAUCAGUAUUUAUUUUAGUCGAUUUUCGCGACGACGAAUACAUUAAUGCUACGAAUAUACCUCAGCACCUGUCGCAACUGCCACCCUCUCCUUUGCCUUCUCUCACCUCCCAGAUCUCUCUCUCUCCCCUGUUUUUGUAUAACUCUGCCUCCGCUGGCGCUUCCUCGGAACAACGCCAAAUACCCUGGACCAGUCCGGUGUUAGAUUUGCGUAAACCGAAUGGCGUCCACAGUUGAAUCGCCCGCGGACAGCCUCUCGAAGCUUGAUAUCAACGGCGACUGGGCCGCCUCCGCUCCAAAUCUCCGCAAUAAUCUCUCCCUCCUCUCUCCCGACCAGAUUGAGUUGGGGAAGAUGUUGUUGGAGAUGGGACAGAGUCAUUUGUUCGAGCAUUGGCCUGAGUCCGGUGUUGAUGAUGAACAGAAGCGUGCUUUCUUCGAUCAGGUGGCUAGACUCAAUUCAAGCUAUCCAGGGGGGUUGGCUUCCUAUAUCAACACUGCUAGAGAACUCUUAGCAGAUUCCAAAGCUGGGAAGAAUCCGUUUGAUGGCUUUACACCCUCUGUCCCAUCAGGAGAGUCUCUGACUUUUGGUGACGAUAACUUUGUUCAAUUUGAGGAGACUGGUGUCAGGGAAAUGCAGAAUGCUGCAUUUGUUCUUGUUGCAGGGGGGCUUGGUGAACGUCUUGGUUACAAUGGAAUCAAGGUGGCUCUUCCUCGAGAGUCUUCCAGUGGAACAUGUUACUUACAGCAUUACAUUGAGUCAAUUCUAGCUUUACAAGAUGCUAGCAGUAGACUAGUGGAAGGUGGAUCCCCAAAACAGAUUCCUUUCGUUAUAAUGACAUCUGAUGACACACAUGCACGCACAUUAGAGCUAUUGGAAUCAAAUUCUUACUUUGGAGUGAAUCCUACACAAGUAAAACUUCUAAAGCAGGAAAAAGUUGCUUGCUUGGAUGGUAAUGAUGCAAGACUUGCUGUGGACCCACAUAAUAAAUAUGUAAUUCAGACAAAACCUCAUGGUCAUGGUGAUGUUCAUUCACUCCUUUAUUCUAGUGGCCUUCUAAAUCUAUGGCGUCAAGCUGGUUUGAGAUGGGUUCUGUUUUUCCAAGAUACAAAUGGUCUUCUAUUCAAGGCAAUUCCGGCUGCCUUGGGCGUAAGCGCCACCAAACAAUACCAUGUUAAUUCUCUUGCUGUGCCCCGCAAAGCUAAGGAAGCUAUUGGAGGAAUUGCCAAACUUACUCACACCGAUGGUAGGACAAUGGUGAUUAAUGUGGAAUACAAUCAGCUUGAUCCUUUGCUUAGAGCAACUGGAUAUCCUGAUGGUGAUGUCAACUGCGAGACAGGCUAUUCUCCUUUUCCAGGCAACAUUAACCAAUUGAUACUUGAACUUGGCCCCUACAUUGAGGAGCUUACAAAAACUGGGGGUGCUAUACAGGAGUUUGUUAACCCCAAAUACAAAGAUGCUUCCAAAACAUCAUUUAAGUCCUCUACACGAUUAGAAUGUAUGAUGCAAGACUACCCUAAAACAUUGCCUCCAACAGCAAGGGUUGGAUUUACAGUGAUGGAUAUUUGGCUUGCGUAUGCACCCGUGAAGAACAAUCCUGAGGAUGCUGCUAAGGUGCCAAAGGGUAAUCCGUAUCACAGCGCUACCUCUGGAGAAAUGGCGGUCUAUAGGGCAAACAGCCUCAUCCUUAAAAAGGCUGGUGUUAAGGUAGAUGAUCCAGUCCUUCAGGUGUUCAAUGGACAAGAGGUGGAAGUGUGGCCCCGUGUCACCUGGAAGCCCAAAUGGGCGCUGACUUUCGCGGAUGUUACAAGCAAAGUCAGUGGAAGCUGUUCCAUUUCUCAGAAAUCUACUUUGGUUAUCAAUGGCAGUAACAUCUUUCUUGAGGAUCUCUCCUUGGAUGGGGCUCUUGUCAUCAACUCCUUCAAAGAUGCUGAGGUAAAAGUGGGAGGUUCGGUGCAAAACAAAGGGUGGAUCCUUGAAAAUGUUGAUUACAAAGACACUUUAGCGCCCGAGGAAGUAAGGAUCAGGGGUUUCAGAAUAAACAAGGUUGAGCAGUUGGAAAAGACAUACAAUGAGCCUGGGAAAUUUUGCUUGAAGGCUUGAAGGAGAUGACAUGUUAUUCAUUCUUCGAUAUUUACUUCCGGAAAGUGUUAUUUGGUGCUAAUGAGUUGCUUCUGUCACUCUUAGUCGCAUUCCAUCAAUGUAAUUAGUGUAGCAGUCGGAAAAUAAGACUUCCAUUCUCUCUUUGUAUUUUCUUUCAUAAAAGUGGUUGCGAAAAUUUCAUCUGUGAAGAUGAGGUCACUAUCCCACUCGGCUUUGGUUUAAGAUUCACGAAGAAAUCACACUUGAUUUUGCAAAAAUGAAAUCUGGUUUGGCAAA